GGGUGCAGCAGAGCGGCGUGGAGCUGCUGGUGCAUCGAGCGUGCGUGUGCGUGCCUGAGUGGACGUGAGCGUGCGUGAGCUGACAGCCUUUCUCUGACACAGGCAGCGUGCAGCAGCAGACAUGGUGCUCGAUCUAGACUUAUUUAGGACCGAUAAAGGAGGCGACCCCGAAAUUGUUCGGGAAACUCAGAGGAAACGAUUCAAAGACGUCACGUUAGUUGAUAAACUAGUGGCAGCAGACAAAGAAUGGAGGAAAUGUCGAUUUACUGCAGACAACCUCAACAAAGCCAAGAACCUAUGCAGCAAGAGCAUUGGCGAGAAAAUGAAGAAAAAAGAGCCUGUUGGAGAUGACGACUCUUUACCUGACGAGGCUCAGAACGUGGAGUCUCUCACAGCUGAAGUCUUAUCGGGUCUAACAGUUACUCAGAUUAAAAAGGUGCGUGUGCUGGUGGAUGAGGCUGUAGAGACAACUGACAAAGACCGGGCCCGACUGGAGGCAGAGCGCUUUGAGUAUCUGAGGGAGAUCGGGAAUCUUCUGCAUCCAUCAGUACCAGUCAGCAACGAUGAGGAUGUAGACAAUAAAGUGGAGCGCACAUGGGGCGACACUACUGUCCAGAAGAAGUACUCCCAUGUGGACCUGGUGGUGAUGGUGGAUGGCUUUGAAGGGGAAAAAGGAGCCGUGGUGGCAGGAAGCCGAGGAUACUUCCUCAAGGGCCCAUUGGUAUUCCUAGAGCAAGCGCUGAUCAACUACGCCCUAAGGAUCCUGUAUCAGAAGAACUACACAAUGCUGUACACUCCUUUCUUUAUGAGGAAGGAGGUGAUGCAGGAGGUGGCCCAGCUCAGCCAGUUUGAUGAGGAGCUUUAUAAGGUGAUCGGGAAAGGUAGUGAACGCUCAGAUGAUGGCUCCAUUGAUGAGAAGUACCUGAUUGCCACCUCAGAGCAGCCCAUCGCAGCCUUCCUCCGAGACGAGUGGCUCAAACCUGAGGACCUGCCCAUACGCUUUGCUGGUUUCUCCACCUGCUUUCGACAGGAGGUGGGCUCUCACGGCCGGGACACGCGUGGCAUCUUCAGGGUGCACCAAUUUGAGAAGAUCGAGCAGUUUGUGUAUGCCUCUCCUCAUGAUGGUAAAUCCUGGGAGAUGUUUGAUGAAAUGAUUGGGACAGCAGAGGAGUUCUAUCAGUCUUUAGGAAUUCCUUACCGCAUUGUGAACAUUGUCUCUGGUGCUCUGAACCAUGCAGCCAGUAAAAAGUUGGACCUUGAAGCCUGGUUCCCUGGAUCAGGAGCUUUCAGAGAGUUGGUCUCCUGUUCAAACUGCACAGAUUACCAGGCAAGACGCCUUCGCAUCCGCUAUGGACAGACCAAGAAGAUGAUGGACAAGACUGAGUUUGUGCACAUGUUGAAUGCCACCAUGUGUGCCACCACUCGUGUGAUUUGUGCUAUCCUGGAGAACUAUCAAACUGAUGAAGGAAUUAUUAUUCCAGAGGUGCUCAGGGACUUCAUGCCUCCUGGUCUAACUGAAAUAAUCAAGUUUGUUAAACCUGCUCCUAUUGACCAAGAAAUGAACAAGAAAGCUAAGAAGCAGCAAGAUGGAGGAGGCAAGAAGAAGAAACAGGGAGGAGGAGAGCUGCCCAAUGCUAUGGAGAGUAUGUCUGUUAACGACUCAUAGGUCUGCACAUAAAGGGACCCUCCAGCUGAAAGCAUCCACAUGGACUGAACCGGGCCUCAAAUGUAUAAUCAUCUGUGAGGCUGUACAUCUCCACAUUCAACAUGCACAUAUAAAGGGAUCUAUCUUCAUCUACUUGUCUGCCAUUAAUUCACAACACUGAGCCCAAAAAAGAUGUAUGCUGUCCCAGUUUACCAUUAUGAUACAGUGUCAGUUUUCACUAUUCGCUGAUUGUUUUGGUGCAUUCUGUUAUGCUUUUCUCUUCUGGGAUUGUCACAGCAAGUCAUCUGUAAUGGGACUAUUUGGAUCAGUUUUUAUUGACUGGUCAUGAAUUGUCUGUUCUAGGCUUUAAAUACAUAUUUUUCUUUAUAUGUUUCUAAUAUGUUUAAGGUUUGACAUUGAUAGUGUCUGUAUGCACAUGAAGUACAUCAAAUUGAUCAGGCUAUAUAAAUAUUAAAUCAGAUUAAAAAGUUG